CUGACAGCCUGUUUGCUAUGACUGCCGCUGUGGCCCAAGGCAGCUGCCCUGGCAGCCCACUGGUUUGAUCGGAUCGCUCUUUGGGAAGGUACAAACUACAGACAGGCCGACAAACACCAUUCAUCCAUUCACUGAGCUCUAUCUGCACUUUCUCUCUUCACCUAUCCAGUAUCAAUUAUCCUAUCCAUUCCCCUCCUCCCUAAGUUUCUCUCUUCCUAUGCACCUGUGGAUUUCAAUCUUUGACUCAAUGUCGUUUAUUGUCAUUCUCUUAAAACUUGCAAAUACGUAUUUGUACAUCUGUUAGACUUCCUGUCUUGUUGACACCGGCCUUUCAACGACCAGUUGCUGUGAUUUGUUUUCAAGUUAUUUUCCACCUCAGUCAGACAAACUGCUGGAUCCGCUUGUUGUGUCAAUCAGGAGACAUUUCAUCGGAGGUCAUGUUGAUCCAGUGGACCAUGCCAACCGUCCGAUCUCAUUGAAUGGCAAAACUCGAUUCACCUCUGCAAUCACUAGUUUUCAACUGUACUCAGGCGGUAUCCAAUCUUCCCAUCUCUCCGUAUCCUCUGCAGCUGGUUGCAACACGCGUCGACUCUACGACUCCAUCCCCGGUUCCACCCAAACUCACCAUGAGUCGUUCGCAGAAGGGCGGCAACACGUCUGCCAUUUUUGUCCAUGCUGGAGCCGGCUUCCAUAGUCUACACAAUGAGAAGGCUCAUCUAGAAACAUGUGAGAAUGCAUCUAAAGUAGCAAUGUCUAUCUUGAAAAAUGGUGGCUCGGCUGUCGAUGCCGUGGAGAUUGCAAUCAUGCUGCUUGAGGACUCCGAAAUCACAAAUGCUGGAUAUGGGAGCAAUCUGACCAUCGACGGCGCCGUCGAGUGUGAUGCUACAGUUGUGAAUCACCAGGGAAGAAGCGGUGCGGCUGGCGCGGUUGCUAAUGUUAAAAAUCCCAUCUCUCUUGCUCGGGUCAUUUUGGAAACUUCAUCAAAACCAUUGUCAUUGCAGCGGGUGCCUCCCAAUUUCCUUGUUGGCCCCGGCGCUACUGAUUUUGCCUAUGAGCAUCGGCUGGUCGUCCUUCCUGAUGAUGGCCUGGUAUCUCCCGCAGCACGGGAGAGAUGGCAUCGCUGGCAACAGGAUUUGGUCGCCAACGAAGGAAUGGAGAAGCAACAUCAUGGUCACCGUCAGAGCGAUCGCUUCAAGUCAUGGAUCCGUCGGCCGAUACAUCUUCACCCCGCUCAGCUACUUUCGUCUCAUACGAACGCACACCCACCCUCGUCUAGCCCUCCUAUGCAUGAGACCAACAAUGAUCCGAACCUCCCACCGAAUCACCCAAACAACAGGCCCAGAGGCUUCGGUGUCACACCGCCAGCGGAUUUCGGCACGCCCUCUUCUGACUCGUCCCGGACCAGGGAUGGCGAGUACAUAGAUGGUAUGUCUUCACAACCCGAGCAAGCCUCUGUCAGCGCGCUGGAAGAAACAUUCGCCGGGUCAGCCAUGGAAGUGGACUCGACAUCGGAAAUACCUGGCACACCGGCGAACCAUCAGAAAAACGACGAAAUCGCGCUCGAUCCAACAAUGGACCGGAUAAAUGACACCGUUGGUGCGGUAGCAAUUGACUGCCAUGGCAACAUUGCAGCAGGUUCUUCAUCCGGUGGCAUAGCGAUGAAACAUCGGGGUCGAAUCGGACCUGCAGCGUUAGUGGGUAUAGGCACCGCCGUAAUCCCGGUGGACUCCAGUGAUCCCGAUCAAACUAGUGUUGCCGUUGUAACGUCCGGAACUGGGGAGCAUAUUGCUACCACCAUGGCUGCUAGCACCUGUGCUUCUCGUGUUUACUAUAGUCACCGGAAAUGCGACGAUGGCGACUUUGAAGAAGUGACCGAGGAGCAAGCUGUGAGGGCGAUGAUAGCAUCCGAUUUCAUGGAACACCCCGGCGUAAGAGGCAGCCAUUGCCAGGGUGCCAUUGGCGUGAUGGCAGUAAAAAAGACGAAUGACGGCACAUUCCUCUACUUUGGCCACAACACAGACUCUUUCGCCCUUGCAUCGAUGUGUAGCGAGGACAAAAAGCCGACCUCCGUGAUGUCUCGUAGUAAUGGGAACGGCAGCAUCGCCCAAGGAGGUCGUGCGUAUCGUUGGAAAAGAUACAAGGUGGCCGAAUCAUCGACGUAA